AUGACCCUGAACCGCAGCGACCGGAUCAAGAGCCUGGAGAAGAGACGGAGCAGCAUGCCAUUAGCCAUGCACCAGCAGCUCCACCGGAGGAGCAUGCCAGCCGACGACAAGGAGCUCCGAGGCAAAUCUCCCGCCGGGGAGCUCUCCAAACUGGUCCGCUAUCCCUCCUACAACCCCGCCGAUGAACAGCGCGAGAGCUGGGCCUCUGAUUCCUCAGACUCCGUCAUAUCCUCUGGAAGUGACUCAGAAGACCACCUCUUCAAAGUCAUCUUGCUCGGUGAGCACGGCGUGGGCAAGUCCAGCCUAGCCAGGAUCUUUGGAGGUGUGGAGGAUCUUCAGGAUGUAGAAGAAGCAGGAAACACAUACGACAGAUCAAUAAUGGUGGAUGGGGAAGAAGCCAGCCUAUUGGUCUUCGAUAUUUGGGAGCAGGAUGACAAUCACUGGCUCCACAACCAAUGUAUGAAGAUGGGGGACGCCUAUGUUAUUGUGUACUCCGUGACAGACAAAUCCAGCUUCGAAAAAGCCUCCGAGCUCCGAAUCCAGCUUCGACGGGCUCGCCAGUCUGAGGAUAUCCCAAUUAUCCUGGUUGGGAAUAAAAGUGACCUCGUCAGAUCGCGGGAAGUCUCUGUGGAUGAGGGCCGGGCCUGCGCCGUCGUGUUUGACUGCAAGUUCAUCGAGACCUCGGCCUCCCUGCACCACAAUGUCAAAGACUUGUUCGAAGGCAUUGUGCGCCAAAUCAGACUACGCAAGGACAGCAAGGAGGACAACGCCCGGCGGAUGGCGAGCAGCAAGAGGCGGGAGAGCAUAGGCAAGAAAGCUAAAAGGUUCCUGGGGAAGAUUGUGGCCAAAAACAACAAGAAAAUGGCUUUCAAACAGAAGUCCAAAUCCUGCCACGACCUGUCCGUGCUCUGA